ACAAAAAAAUAAUGCAUUUAAACACACACUACCAAAAGUGUGUAUAUCUAUUUAUAGUGAAUAAUGUUUGUUGACUAAAUAACGAAUGUGAUUUCAACACAAGGAAUUUAAAUAUUUGUAAUUAUCUAAAGGUUAUCAAUGGACCCGGAGUUUUUAGCAAAAUUAAUUCCUCAAACAAAGGAACAGUCAAGACCGGCGUGCAAAAAAUGUGGCUAUGCCGGACACUUGACCUAUCAGUGUCGAAAUUUCAUAAAAGUCGACCCCAACAAAGAAAUCGUUUUAGACGUGAGUAGCACCAGCUCUGACAGCGAUGAAAAUUACAUGACGCCUUUGACGGAGUUGCGGGAAAAGGAACUGAAAGCCAAACUCAGUGAAGUAAAGAAAAAAAAGAAGGAGAAAAAAAGAAAAAAGUCGAAAGCUCGUCGUCGCUCUAGCUCUGAAUCCGAGUCCUCCAGCUCAGAGUCCGAGGACGAGAAGGAGAAAAAUGACAAGAAAAAAAAGAAAAAACGUAAGAAGAAAUCCAAACAUAAGAAGCAAAAACGGCGACGUAAAUCUAGUUCAUCUGAUUAAUUUUUAAGUAAAUAAAUUAAUUUUUUAUCAAUU